AUGGUCUCCAUGUUGCCCUUCUCAGGGAGGAGAUUCCCCCGAUGGACCUGCUUGAUGUGCCUCGAUUACCAGCAGCGCUAUAUCCUGCAGCUCCUGGGACUGGGGCUCAGUUGCUUCAGGCAGCCUCCUGCUGGGAUCACGGGGAAAGUUCUCUCUUUCCCGAACAGCCAUAUUACACCAUGGCUGGGCUCCGGCUCCGCAUUCUGGAAUACAGACCCCACCUGCAUGUUUCUGGCUGCAGUGGGACUGCUCCUCCUUUUUUGUUUCCUGUUGCUCAAACCACUUUGGUCAGCCCUCUGGAGAAAUAGAGAAGUCCCCAAGCAUCAGGAUGGAAACAAGGAGAUGGGAAGAGCUGGAAAAUACAAAGGUUGGAGGCCCAGCCAGAGAGAAGAGUGGAAGAAGCUGUUACUGAUUCUGAAAAGCCACCAUGACACCACCCGCUUUCGACAACUGCUGUGUCCAGACCCACUCUGUGAGGUGUGUAACACCAUGACCACCGAGGUCAGUCAUCUGCUCUCUCAGGUCUCCCUGGAAGAUGCCACUUGUUCCAAGUCUCCUUUGUCAUCCGUCCACUCUGUGACAGUGUCGUCCUUUACUCAGAACCCUGUCCUCUCAGCAGGUCCUCCAGGACAUGUGAUUCCAGCCUCUCAGCCCAAGUCUUCUCUGUCUCCUCCCUCUGUCCUCACCCCCGAGCAGGUCACCUCUUUAGUGAACUCGCUGUCACCCUCAGCCCUGGCUGGCUCUGUGCCUUGGGAGCCUAGUCCUGCCUUAGAGUUCAAGUUUCUGGUGAAUCAUUUCCCACUGGAGGCAAUUUUCUCUCCCCUUCUGCCAUCGCAUCGUAUGCCGGAAGCAGAACCUGUUUUCCAGCCGGAAGCUGCUCUGUCCAUUUUUGAUGACUUGGGUGACGUUUCUCCUACUGACCUAAAUCCUGCUGAUGCCUCCUUUGGGGAAUACCAUCCAUGCUACCAGAGAAAAUCCAAACACCUCGGGUUUCUUAGCCCUGACACCCACGCCCUCCUGAAGAGCGAACAGAAAAAGACAGAUGAUUUUAUGAUUUUCCCAACAAGAAAUCUUUUGUAUUCCUGGGCUAGUCAGAGUGUAAUCCAAAAAUCGGAACCAAUAAUCAGCCCACAAACACGUGCGUGUAUGUUUUAUGAGGAUUAGGCCACACACAACGAGUAAGAAGCUUUGGGAAGGCCGCUGUCUCUACAUUUGCUCCUGGAGUUUGAAGCCACAGGGUGUGUAUCUAUGAAGGGAAGACAUAUGUAAAAUUGAAGACAGAAUUUCAGGCUGUAACCCCAAAGUGUGAACAGGAGCCCAGGAAAAGAAAUGAAACCCAUGUUGGGCUCUGAACUUGGUCCUGAGAGCACUCUAUGAAUCCCCAGACUCUUGGU